CCCACUUUCACUCUCUCCCUCUCGAUCUCUCGACAGAAAACAAAGCAAUUCUCUAUCUCCAGUCAUUCCUGUCGCCCUCAAUUGCGACUUUCUCACCACUUCAUCUUUUCCUCUCUCCUCUUUCUCUCUCUAUCUCUACAUCGAUAUAUAAAUUAGGGUUUUUGGCCCUUUAAUUGGUUCUUUCAGAUGAGUGCCUCGUCUGGCCCUGUUGCUUACAAUAAUAAAGACUCCGAAGAAGAAUCCUCAUCUGGUGGUACAAGUAUUGCCGCCACUGCUACAGCUGAUACUUCUGCUGUUCACGAGCCUCCGGAAGACGUUGUUGUUGCUGAUUCCGGUGCCGGUGGUGGAGACGAUAGUGAUAUGGAUAAAGGAGGUGGAACUGCCGGGGAUCCUAUGGAUGAGGAUUCUGUGAAUCCCGCAACCGUCUUUUGUAUCAGGCUUAAGCAGCCAAGGUCUAAUUUGCAGUAUAAAAUGAGUGUCCCUGAACUUUGUCGCAAUUUUAGUGCUGUUGCUUGGUGCGGAAAGCUGAAUGCCAUAGCAUGUGCAUCAGAGACCUGUGCACGCAUACCAAGUUCUAAUGCAAAUCCACCAUUUUGGAUUCCAAUACAUAUCGUGAUCCCUGAACGACCUACCGAGUCAACUGUAUUCAAUGUCAUAGCAGAUUCUCCACGUGAUUCAGUUCAAUUUAUUGAAUGGUCACCUUCAUCUUGCCCUCGUGCCUUGCUAAUUGCUAACUUUCAUGGGAGGAUAACUAUCUGGACUCAGCCUUCCCAUGGAUCAACUAGUUUGGUUAAAGAUGCUAGUUGUUGGCAACGUGAACAUGAGUGGAGACAGGAUAUUGCAGUCAUAACAAAGUGGCUAUCUGGGGUGUCUCCUUAUAGGUGGCUUUCCUCAAGAUCUGGUAGCUCUACAAAGUCACCAUUUGAAGAAAAAUUUCUCUCACAACAACCUCAAGCUCCAGCUGGAUGGCCAAAUUUUCUGUGUGUAUGUUCUGUUUUCUCAUCUGGAUCUAUUCAGCUCCACUGGUCUGAAUGGCCACUGAAUCAAAGUGGCACAUCUAAAUGGUUUUGCACAAGCAAAGGCCUCUUGGGAGCUGGGCCUAGUGGGAUUAUGGCAGCUGAUGCAAUUGUGACAGACUCAGGAGCUUUACAUGUGGCAGGAGUCCCAAUUGUGAACCCUUCUACUGUUGUUGUUUGGGAGGUGACUCCUGGAUUUGGGAAUGGAUUUCAAGCUACUCCAAAGACUAGCACCACCAAUGGGAUCCCUCCUUCACUUAAUCCACCUUCUUGGGAUGGUUUUGCUUCGUUAGCUUCUUAUUUGUUUAGCUGGCAGGAAUACUUUGAUUCAGAAAGUAAACAAGGGAAGAAACUUACAGAACAAGAUUAUAGUGACAUGGUUGCCCUUCAUUGUUCUCCUGUUUCAAAUUUUUCUGCAUAUGUGAGUCCUGAAGCUUCAGCUCAAUUAGCAGCAACAACUACAUGGGGUUCUGGAGUCACUGCAGUUGCUUUUGACCCUACCUGUGGUGGCUCUGUCAUUGCUAUUGUAAUUGUUGAAGGCCAAUACAUGUCUCCUUAUGACCCAGAUGAAGGUCCUUCAAUUACUGGAUGGAGAGUUCAAAGAUGGGAAUCCUCAUUAGAGCCUGUUGUCCUGCAUCCGAUAUUCGGGAAUCCUACAUCCACUUUUGGUGGACAACCUCCUAUGCAGACAGUGUGGGUCACAAAAGUGAAUAAAAGCAUUCCAGCUACUGAUUACUUUAAAAACAAUCCAACAGCUACACCAGGAUCGACUUCCGAGGGUAUAGGCAUGUCAGAAUCUGACAUUGAGAAGGCAAAAAGGGUUGUUUUUGAUCCUUUUGAUUUGCCAAGUGAUGUUAGAACCCUUGCUCGCAUAGUCUAUUCUGCUCAUGGUGGUGAGGUUGCUGUUGCGUUUCUAAGAGGUGGGGUCCAUAUUUUUUCUGGUUCGAGUUUUACACCUGUUGAUAACUAUCAGAUCAAUGUUUUUUCUGCAAUUGCUUCUCCUGCAUUUUCUUCUACGAGUUGCUGUUCUGCUACUGUGUGGCAUGAUACAAUUAAGGAUUGUACUAUGUUGAAGAUAAUUCGUGUUCUUCCCCCUGCUGUUCCAAGCAGCCAAGUGAAAGCAAACUCCUCAACAUGGGAACGCGCAAUUGCAGAAAGAUUUUGGUGGAGUCUUAUGGUUGGAGUUGAUUGGUGGGAUGCUGUUGGCUGUACACAAAGUGCUGCUGAGGAUGGAAUUGUUUCACUGAACAAUGUGAUUGCGGUUCUGGAUGCGGAUUUUCAUUCUCUUCCUUCCACUCAGCACCGGCAACAAUAUGGCCCUGGAUUAGACAGGAUAAAAUGCAGGCUAUUAGAAGGCACAAAUGCUCAAGAGGUGAGAGCAAUGGUGCUGGAUAUGCAAGCAAGAUUAUUACUUGAUAUGUUAGGGAAAGGAAUAGAAUCGGCUCUGAUUAAUCCUUCAGCUCUAGUUGAUAAGCCAUGGCAGGCAUCGGGUGAGACAUUAAACAACAUUGACCAUGAAGCAAUGGCUGUUGACCCUGCACUUGUAUUAACCAUCCAGGCAUAUGUUGAUGCUGUUCUUGAUCUGGCAUCACAUUUCAUCACACGAUUGAGGCGUUAUGCGAGCUUCUGUCGUACACUGGCAAGUCAUGCUGUAACUGCAGGGACAAGUGGCAACCGUAGCAUGGUCAUCAGUCCCACCACCCAAAGUACUGGCACUCCUGCUCCUGGAGCUACACAGGGUGCUCAAAAUGGCAGUGCAAGUUCUACAGCAAGCACUCCAAUCCAAGCAUGGGUACAAGGAGCCAUUGCUAAGAUCAGCAACACAUCUGAUGGUGCUCCUAACAGCAACAGCAACAGCAACACCACUCCCAAUCCCAUAACCGGUCCACCUUCCUUUAUGCCUAUAAGUAUAAACACCGGAACUUUCCCUGGGACGCCAGCUGUCAGGCUUAUCGGGGACUGCCAUUUCCUUCAUAGACUCUGCCAACUUUUGCUAUUUUGCUUUUUCUUCCGGCGAAUACAGCUACCAAGAUUUAUAGGUGCUGCAGCUGCACAAAGAAACACAGAUUCAUCAGCAGCCGUUCAUAAACCUCAGCCUGGAAAGGUUGAAGAAGUCAGUUCUGUUCCUACAAAAGCUACAUCCGCUUUGGGCAGGACAGAAGAGUUGCCCGUUGCCAUUGCCCGGGCUGGGCAGCAGGUUGGGUCUGGAGCAAAAGGCCCUGAAGAAGGUCCUGCGAAUAGGUCAAGAUAUGGUUCGGGCAAUGCUGGUCAAGGUUACACAUUUGAUGAGGUAAAGGUGCUGUUCUUGAUACUAAUGGAUCUGUGUAAACGAACAUCAGGUCUGGCACACCCACUGCCUGUUUCCCAGGUAGGCAGCGCCAACAUCCAGGUCCGCCUCCAUUACAUAGACGGAAACUACACCGUCUUGCCAGAGGUCGUCGAAGCAUCACUCGGCCCACAUAUGCAGAAUAUGCCUCGGCCUAGAGGUGCAGAUGCUGCUGGGUUAUUGCUGAGAGAAUUAGAACUCCAUCCUCCAGCUGAAGAGUGGCACAGACGAAACACAUACGGUGGGACAUGGUCCGAUCCUGAUGAUUUUGGUGUUGUCGAUGAUUCCUCUUCACGAAUGAGCAUCACCACUUCCACUUCCUCCUCGGAUUCAUCAAAUGAAACCACUGCCACUCAUGUUCAUGUUCAUGAAGCCCAACGUAUAUGGCCAAGGAAACGAAGAAUGUCUGAAAGAGAUGCAGCUUUUGGGUUAAACACUUCCGUUGGUUUGGGUGCCUAUCUUGGAAUCAUGGGCUCUCGAAGAGAUGUAGUAACUGCUGUUUGGAAAACCGGUCUCGAAGGCGUUUGGUACAAGUGUAUACGAUGUUUGAGGCAAACUUCAGCUUUUAACUCGCAAGCUGGCAACACCAAUACAUCUACUCAAAGUGAGAGGGAGACAUGGUGGAUUAGCCGAUGGGUUCAUGGCUGUCCUAUGUGUGGAGGGACAUGGGUUCGUGUUGUAUAGUCAUAUCACCACCUUAUUAUAUCUAUGCUCUUCUAGAUAGAAUAUAUCUAUUCAAUUCGAUAAGGUGGCGUAAUCAGGAUUCAUUGUUUUUUUUCCCACGUGGUAUGAAGCCAUAGAUAGCAUAUGAAACUAAAAAUAGCUGUAAAAUGUGAACUUAAUUUUGAAAUACUUGUAAAAAUGAAUAUCAUUUUGAGGUUAAGUCAUAUAAUAUUAAUACCAACACGCUUUUUUGAUU